CGCCGCGUUGAAUAUUUGACCCGUUAGCGAUCCGUAGACACCACUAUCGCGCAUCCUCAUAUCCUGAUCGAUACCUACGAGGACUGAUGUCGGAGGCCCCGAAGAUCGUCGAUAACACCGACCCCCACAUCCCGUUCUUUAUCAACCCGCAGUAUGUCAACGUCACGGACAUCAUCUCGGACCAGGCAUACGCCUACGUGCAGGCGGCAAUUCCGUCUGCGCACAACAAGUCGGUGGCGGACAUCACAGUGCCGAAAUGGAGCUUCCAAUACCAGUUCACAGGGACACGAAUAUCACUGUAUGGCGUGGUCAUCCCAUGGAUUUCUGGGGCGCUCCCCACAGCGCAGUACGCGGUGGACGGGCAGUCACAGAACAUCUCCUCGGCCCCCAACACGACCCGAACCCUACUCGGCGUCAACUUCUACAGGUCUGACUGGUUCCCGAACGGCACGCACAUGCUCACAGUCAACGUCACGACUGCGACGGAGGACGGCCCCUACCUAUUCGACUAUCUCUCGAUAGACACGACAAACCCGCCCGCUGCCAACAACACCGCCGCAACCAAUAGCACUGCUUCGGCAAGUUCAUCCUCUACUAGCACUACGAGCUCGAGUUCGUCUACGGCUAGUUCUUCUGGCACCGUAUUCGGUUCGUCGACUCAUAGCAAGUCGAGCGUCCCGAUUGCGCCUCUAGUCGGUGGAGUAAUAGGUGGAUUGGCCCUGCUCGCACUGAUUGCCUUCGGAGCAUGGUGGAUGUGGAAGAAACAUAGGACGGAGGGAGUUUCGACGUACGCAUACGCGCGGACAGGACAGUACGAUGGACAUACACCGCACGUGGACCCAUUCACGGUGUACCGCCAGGCAGAUUCAGGGAGCACGCCCGUGACGAUGGCUGAUGGGUCCUACUACUCCGAUCCGCCGCCCUGGCCCCCGAAUCGAGUACCCACCCCAGCGGCGGCGUCGUCUCACUACUCUUCGGAAGGGCCUCCGCAAUCUUCGCAUACGCAGUCCGCGCCAUCAGGCUCCAGAUACGGUAUCGGGAACGAGGCUGGGGCGCUCUGCGGCGCGGCGGCUGCAGGGGCGAUCGCCGCCCCAGGCGCAAUCAUGUAUUCGACAGGGAGCGCGGGUGGGAAGGCGGCAGAGGCACGAAUGGAGGCGCUUCGCGCGCGACAGAGGUCUGUGUCGGACCUGGGUUCCUCGGAUCUGAGCGCGGCGACGAGUUCGGUGCCCCCGCCUUAUGCACCAUGACGAUGAUGCCCGGGCGCAUCGAGGGAUGCGCUCGCGCGAGACCUUUUGCUCUUUUGAUGAUGUGGAUGGGUGUGUACCCUGAGGAUUGGGUUUGUAUAGGAUAUACCUCGUCUGGGACGAAUC